AUGGUGCUGGAACUGGAUGAACUUGCCAGUGGCAUAGCGAGGAGAGGUGCCUCGGGUGCCUCUGGUGGCCCCAGUGCACCAGUUGCUUCAGCUGCAGGCAGCUCACCGGUGGCAGAGAAGAAGGAGAAGGAGAAGAAGGAGAAAGUCGCUAAAGAAAAACCUACAUGGGGUGAGCCUGGAAAGGGAAAAGAAAAAAAAGAGAAAGCAAAAACCAAAGUUGUAGAGGAGGAGAUCGUGCAAACUCCUCAUGGUGAAAAGAAGGACAUGACUCGAGCAAUGGCACAAGCUUACAAUCCAAAGGCUGUUGAAUCAGCAUGGGAUGCAUGGUGGGAGAAGAGAUCUUUCUUUACACCAGAUGCUAAGGCUGUCCAAGGCAGUUGCGAGUCAAAGAGGUUUGUGAUGGUGAUUCCUCCACCCAACGUGACCGGGAAGCUGCAUUUGGGACACACCUUGACAGGCGCCAUCGAAGAUGCUCUUACACGAUGGCACCGCAUGUGCGGCAAUGCCACUCUUUGGCUGCCAGGUGUUGACCAUGCCGGCAUUGCCACUCAGAGUGUUGUGGAGCGCCGUUUACUCAAAGAAGAGAAAUUGACUCGCCAUGAUUUGGGUCGAGAGGCUUUCCUGAAGCGUGUUUGGGAGUGGAAAGAGAUGAAUGCAGGCCACAUCAAAAAGCAGUUGCAACGAAUAGCAGCAUCAGUGGACUGGACCCGUGAGCGUUUCACCAUGGAUGAUCGUUGCGCGAGGGCUGUAGAGGAGGCAUUUAUCCGAUUUCAUGAUCAGGGCCUUAUCUACAGAGACAAUCGCUUGGUGAAUUGGUGCCCAUACUUGAGAACUGCAUUGUCGGAUCUUGAAGUGGAUCAUGAAGACAUUGCUGGUAAGACUUUGGUGAGCAUUCCAGGCUUUGAUGACAAGGUAGAGGUUGGCGUGCUUUGCGAGUUCAAGUACAUGAUCAAGGGAACCAAAGAUGCCUUGACUGUAGCAACUACACGAUUGGAAACCAUGCUGGGUGAUACAGCCGUGGCGGUUCAUCCAGAGGAUGAAAGAUACAAAGCCUUCCACGGCAAGGAGAUUGAACAUCCAUUCUUCCCUGACCGGAAGAUGGUGGUGAUUGCAGACACCAUGGUUGACAAGGAGUUUGGCACGGGCUGUGUGAAGAUCACCCCGGCCCAUGAUCACAACGACUUUAAAUGUGGUGUGCGACACGGCUUGAAGCAGAUCAACGUCUUCUCAGAAGAUGGCAAUAUCAACGAGCUUGGUGGAGAAUUCAAAGGCCAGCAUCGCUUCAAGGCACGAACUACUGUGGAGGAAGCACUGAAGAAGAAGGGACUUUGGGUUGGCAAGAAGUCUCACUCCAUGCGCUUGGGCUUUUGUUCCCGCUCCAAAGACAUCAUCGAGCCCUACUUGAAGCCUCAAUGGUGGAUGAAUUGCCAGGAUCUCGCUGAUCGAAGUGUGAAGGCUGUGAGGAAUGGUGAGUUGAAGAUUCUUCCAGAAUUCCAUCAUCAGACUUGGUACCAUUGGCUAGAGAAUAUUCAGGAGUGGUGCAUCUCACGCCAGCUUUGGUGGGGUCAUCGCAUCCCGGCUUACAAGGUGGUGAAACCAGAGCAAAAGGAAGAGAAGUGGUAUACCGGCAGAUCAAAAGAGGAGGCUGCAGCAAAGGCUGCCAAAGACUUGGGACAGAAGGUGGAAGUAGAGCAGGAUGAAGACGUUUUGGAUACCUGGUUUUCCUCCGGUCUUUUCCCUUUCAGUGUCUUUGGAUGGCCAGACACUGAGAACAACGAUGACUUCAAGGCCUUUUUCCCUACUUCGUUGUUGGAAACAGGCCACGACAUUUUGUUCUUUUGGGUAGCACGCAUGGUGAUGAUGUCCCUGGGCCUGACGGGAAAGCUCCCGUUCCACACCGUCUACUUGCAUGCCAUGGUGCGGGAUGCCCACGGCCGGAAGAUGUCGAAGAGCUUGGGCAACGUGAUCGACCCCUUGGAGGUGAUCGAUGGCAUCGACCUGGAAAACCUCCACAAGAAGCUCUAUGAAGGGAACCUCCCUGACAAGGAGAUUGAGAAAGCCAAGAAAGGUCAAGCGCAAGACUAUCCUGAUGGGAUCCCUGAGUGUGGUGCAGAUGCCUUGCGCUUCGGCUUGUUGGCUUAUACCCUUCAAGGAAGGAACGUGAAUCUCGACAUUAACCGCGUGGUCGGCUACAGACAAUUCUGCAACAAAGUUUGGCAAGCCACAAGGUUUGGCCUGCUUUAUUUUGGAGAUGACUUCACCUUUCCAGGUGCUUUGCGUCCAGAUCUUCCUUUGGCAUGGGAGGACAGGUGGAUCAUUUCAAGACUCUCCUUUUGCGCGCAGAAGACCAAUGAAAGCAUGGAGAAGUACGAGUUUGCCAAUGCCACAACGGCCACAUACAGCUUCUUCCUCUAUGAGCUCUGUGAUGUGUACCUGGAGCUGUUGAAGCCCCGUUUCCAUGGUGAGACCACAGAUGAGAAUGUCCUUAAAGAUCGGGAUGUGGCUCGACAAGUCUUGUACAUUUGCCUUGACUGGUCGAUGAGAUUGAUGCACCCAUUGCUUCCAUACCUUACUGAGGAGCUCUAUCAACGGCUGCCUCCCUCUCCCACCAAAUGUGAGAGCAUCACCAUUGCUCCCUUCCCUGUGGGUGUGCAUGCUUGGAGGAAUGAAGCCUUAGAGAAGGAAAUGGAAGUCACCAGUGAGAUUGCGAAGCAGUUCCGCUCUCAAAAGACCUCCCUCGGCUUCAAUCCAGGUGCCCGGCCUGAAGCCUAUAUCAGGCAUACGGAGGAGGACUCCCGGGUGCAGAUCGAGAAGUUGAAGAGUCAGAUCUCUCGCAUGGCUGCAGUAGGAGCGAUUCAAGUCCUCAAAGCUGGUGCAGCUGAUCCACACGGCACUAUGCGGGAUGUGGUGAAUGAGAAGUGCCUGAUCUACACCAAAGUGGAGGGUUUAGACUUGUCUGGUGAGAAGGCAAAGCUUCAGAAAAAGGUGACCUCUGCUCAAAAGAUGGUGGAGUCCUACAAGCAGAAGAUGUCUGUGGAGGGAUACGAGGAAAAGGUGCCGGCCAACGUGCGGGAGCAGAACAGUCAGAAGAUGCAGGCUUCCCAGAAAGAACUGGAGGAGCUCCAGAGGGCUUUGCAGAGUCUUGAGCAGGCCAUGAAUGGCAAAUAA